AUGAAUGCGCCAUCAAAAGCUGCUCAUGCGUCUGCUGACGAUGGUCAAGAAGCGCGUCGGCAAAGGUUCUCGCCCGACCCUUCCGACGAGGAGUCCCAAUCGGAGCUAUCAAGCGAUUCGUCUUGCCGCCUUGCUUCAGACAAACGCACCAACAAAUCUUCUCGCCUCGAGAGCAAAUUGAGCAAAGUCCCCACAGCACGUCUUCCAAGCUUGAUGCAGGCGCAACAGAUCAAAGUCGAAGCAGAACAGCGCGCGAAUCAGAAAUCUGCGCUCGACUCUCAAAGAGGAGAAGAGGAGAAGAAGGGAAAAUCGAUGGAUUCCGAGGAGAGGAGAAACGCUUUCAGGACGUUCUGGUUGGCUGCUGUGACGGAAGAGUUUGGCGAAGAGCUAGAGAAUAUGAGAAAGGUGAGUAGAGUGCGGUCUAGAGAACGGGGGGUUCAGUUAGCGCUACGAACACGCAGUGAGAGGAAUCUCAUUGCAGAAGCAGUGAGGAGCCGUUGGCUGCUUUGCGGGAUCGGAGUCGAAGGAAUGUAUGCGCUUACAAGCCGACUCACGCUGUCCUACUUGAUGACGACGGCAGAGAGAUCCUUCCCUUUCCGAAAGUCUUGGCGGCUCGAGGUUGCCUCUGCUCAUCGAUGCACUCGCCUCAGGAUCGGAACUCUUUAGCACCGGUCAACCUCAAUCUACUGCGCAUUUGGAGGGCGACAAUGCUCUCAUGGAUGUAGACGAGGUCGGAAUGUUACUGAACAACAUCGAAUGA